AUGGCUUCAGGCCCUCACAGAUGUGAAGCACAGCCACAGUCCAACACCAAGAGGGACGCAGUUAAACCAGUUCAUGGUCAGGUGGCGCCUCAUAGAAUUGAUGGUGGGUACAGGAGCAACCCAGAGGCCAACCCAACACAACCACAGAAAGCCAACCAACACAGAGCCAACCCAACACAGGAGAGCCAACCCAACACAGGAGGCCAACCCAACACAGAGCCAACACAGAAGGCCAACCCACAGAAACAACCCAACACAGGAGGCCAACCCAACACAGGAGGCCAAAACCAACAGAGCCAACCAAACACAGGAAGCCAACCAACACAGGAGGCCAACCCAAACAGGAAGCACCCAACACAGGAGGCCAACCAACAGGAAGCCAACCCAACACAGGAAGCCAACCCAACACAGAAGCCAACCCAACACAGGAAGCCAACCCACACACAGGAGGCCAACCCAUCACAGGAAGCCAAACCACACAGACCCAACACAGGGCAACCCCAACAGUAG